CCAGGUUUUCGUGGACAACUCAGUGAAGGGAUCUUCAAAAACCUGCGGAGAACUACUGGACUGUUCUCCUCAAAACCUACCCCUAGGUUCUGAUCUUUCAGUUACAGAAAACCGGGGACAUUUCCGGGGACAGCAGUAGCCGGGGACAGGUCACUGAAAUCGAGGACUGUCCCAGAAAACCGGGGAUGGACGCUAGGCGUCGCCCAGGACUGUAUACAUACAAUACCACUUACUAUGGUCCCAACAGCACAGAGAAUGUAAUAAAAUAGAGAGCAUACAAUAAUGCCUCUUGUGUGUGAGACUCGGAGUUGAAUACUUUUGCCAUUAGUCUGUAUGACUGCCUCAUUUAAUAGGUAUCUCACUAAACAAUUAAGUUAGGUUUGUCCAAACCCAAUCUUUCCCCCCUCUUAAACUACAAUCUCUAUCCUCAGGCUAAAACAAUGGCUUCAGACUUGCAGACGGAAGGAUAUAAUGAAAGUGACUGCAGAGUAUGCCUAUAUCAAUUUAAGACACUGCAGUCAACAUUUCACGGAUUCCUGCUUUAUGAAUGUGCAGGAGAGAAGGAAAUUGGUUUGGGAUGCAGUUCCCACUCUGUUUGAUAUUCCAAACCCUCCUCGCAAAUCUCCGAAGAGGAAGCCGCCCAAACUCCGUGAUCCACCUCCUCCAGCAAAAAAAAAAAGAUGGUUAUUAAGUAACCCAGAGAAGCCUGAUACAGAUAAACCAGAUGCUGGUAGCCCAUCUCUACCUGGUGCUGAUGGACACUCAUCAUCUCUACUUGAUGCUGGAAGUUCCUCAACAAUUGACCCAGAUACACCAUCAGAGCCCAAAACAACUCAUAUAUCGUCACAAACUGGAAAAUACAUAAGUUAAAUAAUGAUUUUCAAAGCUCUCAAGUUAAGAAGGAAAGUAGAAAAUCUUUGAUUUUAAAACAUAAGUAAUAUUUUAUAAAGAAGUAAUGCCUUUUUUUUUCUUUGGUGCUAAUUGUCGUACAGGUGUGUGUCUCAGUACUGUACUAUAUUAUCAAUGUGCUGUUGCUAAGUUUAUACCUUUUUCUUUUUUUCCUUGGUGCUAAUUGUACCGUACAGGUGUGUGUCUCAGUACUGUACUGUAUUAUCAAUGUACUGUUGCUAAGUUUAUGCCUUUUUUUUUUUCCUUGGUGCUAUUUGUACCAUACAGGUGUGUCUCAGUACUGUACUAUAUUAUCAAUGUACUGUACAACUAUGAGUUGCAAAGUUUACACCCUUUUUUUGAGAUGGUGAUAUCAUUGUACUGUAUACAGUACUAUAUGCUGUCUCUCACUAUAUCAUUAAUGUACUGUACAACUAUGAGAUGUAAAAGUUUUUCCCUUCUUUUAGAAUAAAGAUUAACUAAAGUACGGAUCGAUA